AUGCCCUAUUUAUCAGAUCGUCAAUAUGGUCUUCUUCCUCAUCGAUGUCUUCUUGUUAAAUUAAAAAAUUCUUCAUCAAUAACACGACGAUUAAAUCUUGAUUAUAAAUUAAAUGUUCAUCGAGGCUGUGUUAAUACAAUUUGGUGGAAUGAAUCUGGUACAACUAUAUUAUCUGGUUCUGAUGAUCAAAAUUUAAUUGUAACAAAUCCCUAUACACAAAAAGUAUUAACUAAAGUACAUAGUGGUCAUAGAGAAAAUAUAUUUUCAGCAAAAUUUUUACCAGAAACAAAUGAUCGACGAGUUGUUUCAUGUUCAGGUGAUGGUGUUAUUUUUCAUACGAAUUUUGAUCGACCAAAUAGUUCACAUUCACAAGAAGGGUGUUUUACAUGUCAUGGAUCAGCAACUGCCUAUGAAGUAAGGACUAUUCCACAUACACCAAAUUUAUUUUUAUCAUGUUCUGAUGAUUGCACUGUACGAUUAUAUGAUUUGAGAACAAAAAAUCAAUGUUUAAAAGAUCAAUGUAAAGAUGAUGUACUUAUAAAAAGUAAUUGGGGUAUUACAUCAAUGGAUGUUAAUCCAAUGAAUCCAAAUGAAAUUGUUUGUGCUUGUGCAGAUUCUUCUGUUCGUCUUUAUGAUCAUCGAAAACUUUCUACUCAAGUACCAUUGACAAUAUCAUCAUCUAUAAAUGGUCUUAUAUCCUAUUUUUCACUUUCUGAUCGAAAAAAACAAGAUCAAUCUCGUAUAACAUCCGUUGUAUUUAAUUCACAUGGUACAGAAAUUUUAGCGUCUUACUCAUCUGAAUCAAUCUAUUUACUUGAUCCAAAACAAGUAUUAUCACAAGAACAAAUGCAAGAACGUCUUAUUGAACAUAAAAAUAAUAAACGUAUAAAAACAAAUUUAAAUGAAAAUCAACCAGUACUAAAUAAUACGCAAGAUAAAGAAAAUAAAAAUUCACCUGUGAAAAGAUUACGUCUUCGAGGUGAUUGGAGUGAUACAGGUCCAGAGUCUCGUCCGUCCAAUGAAGAACAAGAAGUAGUAGAAGAAACUGCAACAGUACCUGUUCAAUCUGAUUCAUCAAAUGAACAACAACCACCCAACCGUAAUCUGCAGAAUUUUAUUAUGCAACGUAUGAGUGAUAUUUUAACACAAUUAGUCACAAGUUCAACAUCGGAAACUGAACAAACAAAUGAAGAAACAGAAAUAGCAACUACAACACAUGAAUCUUCAGUUUCUACUGAAAACAAUGAUCAUUUAGUAGAUUCCUCAACGAGAACCUCUAAUAAUGAUGAGACAGAUCCUAAUCAUGUAUUUGAUCUUAUAUAUGGUGAAACUGAAAGAUUACAUACAGAAGAUGAAGACGAAGAUGAUGAUGACGAUGAUGAUGAAGAAUCACAAACAACAACAAAUACUACUGAAUCAUCAAGACAUGCACGUACAUUUCUUUCUAGUAAAUGGGAUCGUCUACGAAAAUGUCGUGAAGCUGAACGUUCACAAGAAGAAAAUCUUUUGAAAAAUAUCCCUAGUUUAGGUUUAAUUAAUUCUUAUGAAGGUCAUCGUAAUGCACGUACAAUGAUUAAAGAAGCUAAUUUUUGGUCGGAUAGUUAUGUUAUGUCCGGUUCUGAUUGCGGACAUAUUUUCAUAUGGGAUAAAUUUAAUGGAGAUAUUAUACGAAUUAUACCAGCUGAUGAACAUGUUGUUAAUUGUGUACAACCUCAUCCACUUAAUUAUCCAAUUUUAGCAUCAAGUGGAAUUGAUUAUGAUAUAAAAAUAUUUUCACCAUUGGCUGAAAUACCAAUCGAUGAUACUGAACGUAUAAAUCGUACUGUAAAACGUAAUCAUGCAAUGCUUGAAGAAACAUCAAGUACGAUACGAGUACCAGCUAAUUUUAUAUUUCGUAUGUUAACAUCAAUCUAUCGAUUACGACAUCCAGAAGACAUGUCUACAUUAGAUGAUGAGGAUUUAACCGAGUGA